AUGGCCAUGUACCUCGUCUGUCUGCCAAGCGGGCCUACCCGCAGCCUGUGGGUCGAUUACGAGGCUCUAUGCGAGUCAGCCGGUAGCCGAGAGGCGCUGUCCUUCCACUCGUGCGCUCAAGGAGACCCCUGCCGCGGCAGCGUUCCCUGCCUCUCGAGCGGCAUAUUCUCGUCGCUGAUCGAGCGCCACUUCGGCAUUGAUAGGGAGUCGGCCCGUCUAUCAGUCCGCGGGGGAGUACAAACGAAGGCCGCAGUAGACCCUUAUGCCACUACUGAUGCGCCCGGGAUAACCGUGCCGGUGGCCUCGUCCCACGAUGAAGCGGAUUGCUGCGCUGAGGACAUGCGUGACGGCUGUGAUGCCCAAUUAGGAAGGGAUGCUUCCCACCAACUGAUUAAGGACGACGUGGUGAUAAGCGUGUCAUGCAGGCUGCUCGGGGGCAAGGGAGGGUUCGGCGCUCUGCUGAAGGCCAAGGGCCACCGCAAGAAGCAGAGCUCCAACGUCGACUCGUGCAGAACCCUCACGGGCGAGCGCGUCAGGCACACCCGGCUGAACGAGCUUGCGCAGAGGCAACGGGAGAGCACAGUGGAUCCCGGCGCUGCGCGGUUGCCGCUGCCAAAGGACGCGCCUGAGCCCGCAGAGGACGCUUCGACGCAAGAGACCCACCUCAAGCACGUGAAGAAGUUGCGCAAGGAGUCCAAGCGGGUGAAGAGCACGGUGGUGAAGGGGCUGACUAACUCUGCUUCGAUCGAGGGGCAGACGCAAACCGAUUCGGAGCGGCAGCAGCUGGUGGAGCGGGCGCUGGAUCAGUGCAUGGACGUCUAUGACCUCGCGUAG